UCUCCCAGAAUGCAGUCUGGUAAACAGACAUGGAAGCACCAGGUGAAGACCUCCACAGAGGCUGAGCGCCGCACUCGCUCCUUCCCACCGUCUUCUGUCUACUUCGUCCAGUGCAUCCAGUUGAAUUAUACCUGCCCGGUGUCACGUUUGCGUCUCCAGCACCCAGAGCCUUGACUCUUCUCUCCAGUGACUGUGGCAGCCAGCGAUCACCCAAACUGAUGAGGAUCGUCUGAUUGAGUUAAAAAUAAGUUCCUUUUUUCUUAUUUUGCCGAGCGGAAAGAAUGUCGGAAAGGGCCGAGGAUGACGUCAGGGGGGAGCAGCGCCGAGCGGCCAGGCAGCAGCUGAAGCAGCAGCAGCAGAUCCAGCGGGGAGAAGGCUCCACAGCAAUGGCGACUGUUGCGGAGCGGAGAUCCUUGCCUAGUCCAGAAAUAAUGCUGGGACAGCCUUGGAGCAACUGGGUCGACGCCGCCAAACUCCACGGCAACGACGGUGCUGAAUCGGAGGAAAGUUUCAAAGACUUCGGGAAAAAUCGAGAUGCCAUGCGUUUGUGCAGAGAAGACAUGCCCAUAUUUGGCCAGUGUCCCGCACAGGACGACUUCUACCUAGUGAUGUGCAGCCACUGCGGACAGGUAGUCAAGCCUCAAGCCUUCCAAGCACACUAUGGUAAGUGUCAAGCACCACGUGCGCAUGCACAUUGAGUCGUCUUUCAUGUGAACACCGUGCAGAGCUAGCUUAAGAGUUUCUGAAUAUUCUAGAUAACUCCAUACACGAAAGAUGGGAGUGAAUGUGGACAGUAGAUCAAUGAAGAAGGAACUAGCAAAUUAGUUUUCAUCUCUUGGAACCAUAUGCCACUUCCAGGCUGGUGGUGAUAUUUCACACACUAACGCACACUAGUAUUAUCUCUCACUCCCCUUUGUAACACUUUGCCUUCUCCAUGCUGUAACCUGAGAAGGGAC